GCAAAAUCGUUGUGUCAUCGUGCGGUUUUACGGUUCACACCAACAACCCCUUCUUUGAAACCGUUUUAUUAUCAUCUUCUACUCUUCUCCUUAAAUCAAAUCUUCAUUUCCAACAUAACACACACUUAACUCUUCUCUCUUUUUCUAUAUUCUCGUUUUAGUUUCUUUAUUUUCCGGUUCCUUUAUGGGUUCUUUCAGUGGCUGCGGUGCGGACCGGAUCAAAGGAUCUUGGAGUCCACAAGAAGAUGCUAAUUUAAUUAAACUAGUAGAGCAACACGGUCCCAGAAACUGGUCAUUGAUAAGCACCGGAAUUCCUGGUCGGUCUGGAAAAUCUUGUCGACUGCGGUGGUGCAACCAGCUCUCUCCGGAAGUUCAGCACCGUCCGUUCUCUCCAGCGGAGGAUGCUAUAAUUGUUCAAGCUCAUGCAAUUCAUGGCAAUAAAUGGGCUACGAUUGCUAGACUCUUGCCUGGCCGUACAGAUAACGCUAUAAAGAAUCAUUGGAACUCAACUUUACGUCGGAAACGCGCCGCUGAGUUAUCUUCGGCGUCGUCUGAGGCGAACUCGGUGAUGAAACGGCCGUGUUUGGAUGUUUCAACUGAGUCAGGGUCGGAGUCAGGAGUUAAAAGGCAAUGCUUAGGUGCACCUCCGGAGGAUAGUAGUUUUGACGGGGAGGCAGGGAUUGUGGAGCCUGAGACUUCACUGACGUUAUCACCACCAGGGGAUGGGUUUGUUCGGACAGAAGUAGGCGAGAAAGUGAAGGAAGUGGCAGUGAAAGGCGGAGAACAAGACGUAGAUAGGCAGAUGGUGGGGGAAGAGGAGGAGGAAGAGGAGGAAACAUGUGGGUUGCAGAUAGAGGAGACUUGUUUGUUGACUAUCAUGCAAAGGAUGAUAGCAACGGAGGUUAGGAGUUACAUUGAUAGAUUAAGGUCUAAAAAUGGGUUUGCCGGACCCAACGCUGAUCAAUAAUGGAAUACAUACAUUUACAAUCUUUUUUUUUGUUAUGUUUAGUCUAAAAAUUAUUUUAAACUUCACAUAUAAUCAGUGUUUCUUUGGAUAAUUAGCAAUGGAUAUUAAAAUGGAGAUUUGAAAAUUUUUAA